AUGUUAUCCAAGUCUCAGAGGUCGAUCGCGUCGCGUUCCUUACCCCGCAUUGCGACGAGAGAUGCUGUCUCGAGCAGUCGUGGGCCUGCUGUGCGCCUCGGUCUCCCUCAUUCUGUAAACACGGCGUCUUCAAUAAGGCCUUCAGCUCCAGCUCCAUCUCGAGUUCGAGGGUUUGCGUCUGCACCAGAAGCUGUGAAUACUGCCUCUUUAUCUUCUCCUUUAGUUAGCCCGGUCUCCAGAAAGCCUCAUUUUGACAAGAUCCUCAUUGCCAAUCGAGGCGAGAUUGCGUGCAGAGUCAUACGCACUGCGAGAAAAUUGGGCAUCAAGACUGUUGCAGUAUACAGUGAGGUCGACGCAAAUUCGUUGCAUGUUCAAUUGGCGGAUGAAGCGUACUGCAUUGGACCUGCCGCAUCUUCGGAAAGCUACCUCCGUAUCGACAAGAUCAUUGAAGUCUGCCAUCGCAGCGGCGCCCAGGCUGUUCAUCCCGGGUACGGUUUCCUAAGCGAAAAUGCCGAUUUUGCGGAACAGCUCGCCUCCGCAGGUGUCGUAUUCAUCGGGCCGCCUGCCAGUGCGAUUGUUAGCUACCCGGUACUCAUUAAAGCCACCCACGGCGGUGGUGGCCGUGGGAUGCGUGCUGUCGACUCUCCCGCACAGUUUGUGGAUGCGCUUGCCAGUGCCCAGCGCGAGGCGCGAGGUGCAUUUGGGCGUGAAGAGGUACUUGUUGAACGGUACAUUAAACGACCACGACACGUCGAGGUACAAGUGUUUGCUGACCGCGAUGGGGGGUGCGUAAGUCUGUGGGAGCGAGAUUGCUCUGUACAGCGGAGGAACCAGAAGAUUAUCGAAGAGGCCCCAGCUCCUGGCUUGUCGCCUGAGUUGCGAUCCGAGUUGAGCAAGAAAGCAGUAGCGGCUGCACGGGCGGUCGGCUAUGUGGGGGCUGGGACUGUGGAAUUCAUCCUGGACAGAGAUACAAACGAAUUUUUCUUUAUGGAGAUGAACACACGACUGCAAGUCGAGCAUCCGGUUACAGAAAUGAUCACCGGUGUGGAUUUAGUUCAAUGGCAACUCGAGGUUGCAACAGGCAAUCCACUUCCGCUCUCGCAAUCACAAAUUCCACUUGUCGGCCAUGCAUUUGAGGCACGCAUAUACGCAGAAAAUCCACGCAAUGGAUUCAUGCCCGAUUCCGGCCGGCUGCUGUACCUCUCCACCCCUGCACCGACAUGCACCUUUGCUCCGUCAGUGCCCACCCGGGACGACCAAAACGGCGGCUCUUCCGAUCCGACGCUGUUCACGCCCCCAGAACACAUUUCUACCGCAAUCACGCCCUCUGUACGGCUCGAGCAAGGGUUCCUCCAGGGUGCGCAGAUUGGCGUGUUCUACGAUCCGAUGAUCGCGAAACUCAUUGCGCACGGGCGUGAUCGUGUUGAGGCGCUGAGGAUGCUGAGACGUGCGUUGGACGAGUAUCGAGUGGUGGGCGUGCAGACGAACGUGGAGUUCUUGAGAGACUUGGCGGAGCACGCCGCGUUCGUUGACGGCGACGUGGAAACCGGUUUCAUCCAGAAACACCACGCGAAGCUGUUCCCGCGUCCAGAAGAGCCGACGCCGGAGAUACUGGUGCAAGCAGCGCUCUUCGUUGUACUACGGGAGCACCCGCAGGUGCGGUCUGCCGCUAGUUCGUCUCCGUGGACGUCGCUUGCAUCGAGGAGAUUCGGCGGCGACGCCUACGAGAGGACGGUCACUCUGCAGCACACCGUGGAGGGAUCAGCGGACGACGUACAGGACCGUCCGUCGAUCACCGUCUCGGUCAAAUCGCUGCCAGGCGCACCAGGCCGGUUCGACGUCUCUGUGCGCACGGAGAACGGCGAGAAGACGUUUGCAGGCGUCUCGGCGGAGAUCCUGGACGGCACAAUGCUCUCGACGACUCUCGGGGGCGCGGUGCUGCGCACGACGAUUGUGUCCCAGCGCGCCAUGGCUGCCUCGUCGCAGAUGGGGGAGAAGCUGCACGUCUUCCACGGAUCGCGAAGGAUUGCGCUGCUCGUCCCGCCGCCGCAAUGGCUCGCCUCGCUCUCGGCGUCGACAAUGGGCGCGGCGAAGGGGACGCUUAAGGCGCCGAUGCCCAGCGUGGUCGUAGAGGUCAAGGUCAAGGUGGGCGAUCAGGUCAAACAGGGUGAUGCGAUAGUGGUCUUGGAGAGCAUGAAGACAGAGACGGUGCUCAGAGCGGCAGCGGACGGUGUAGUGCGGGCCGUUGGGUGCGCGAAGGGAGACAUGGUAGAGGAAGGGAAGGAGUUAGCGAUGAUCACGGACGUUCUUGAAGCAGAGUCGGCAUAA